AGAAGGGGGUUCUGCUUGACAAACACCGACCAGAAAAACAUCCGACGAGGAAUCUUUGCACGCACUAAUUCUACACUUUUAAACUUGACAACGUCAACGAAGGACGCCGACAACCGCUGCAUUGAAUCUAGCUGUUGUUCUCACAAAGUUUUGGGCUUUGACGUGUUUACGUUGAGGAGUUAGAAAAGUUCGCGUUGAAAACGGAGAGGGCCAGCUGAGUGAUAGUGGGGUGAGGAGGCUGGGUUUGGCAACUUUGGGAGUCCUGCCCUGCCGCUAGCAUGAACGUUAGCAUGCUUAGCGUUGCCAUCGCCAAUCAACCCCAAUGAGAGCUUCCAUCUUCACUUCUACAACUUUGUCAAAGGAGAGGUUGAUGGAGACUUUGCAGCAUUUACCAAAGGAUUAAACCAGAGCUGACCAAUUUACUUCCAAUAUACAUGCAAUGAUGGUAACGUUUUGCAGUUGUCCUAGUAAAGGCAGCUCUCCUCGAGUUUAAGUUUAAUGCUGCAGGGUUGUACUCCCUCCACUUGUCUGUAGAUUUGACAUAUUAACCCAUGACAUUCAAAAUAUGGCAUCAGCUCAGAUCUUCAUGUGCAAUGAUUGGCUGCAGAUAUUUCAAGAAGAGCAGCAACUUGUGACAUGCAGUAACUAAAGGGAGAAAACAUACAGCAUGUUUUCAAUACUGCAGUGAUGUGUCACCUUAGACUUUAGUGGAUGGAAAUUGUGCAUUUUGAGAACAGUCAAUGCUGAUGCCAGCUUAUUGGGACGCCAGUUCAAUUCAUGGACCCUCUUAUCUGAGUCAGGCUUGGCCUGGAAAUUUGGAUUCCUUGAAUGUGUUGAAUCAGCUGUUGCGGUGAUGAGGCAGGGCUCCUGGUCGCCUGCGUGGCUGGCUGAGCAGAGGCCCCAAGUUAUGUGAUGGGGUGCAGGAACAGUAAGGUCCUCCCUGAGCCUCCAGGGGAUGUUCAGUUGGACCUGGUAAAAAAGGUGGAUCCGCACCCUCAAACUGAUGUCUUUAAGCACUUCAUUCGAGGUGAUGGCACUUUGAGCAAAGUGGGUGAGGCUGGUGGAGAAAGAGAGGACAAGGCCGGCUCCGCCUCACCAUUGCUUACUCAGGCACAAGCUGCCACUCCUGUUGCCUCCACCCAGCAACCUAAAAACCCAUCUGAGGUGUCAGACCCUCAAAGGAAAAAAGUGGCAAAAUAUCGAGCCAAAUUUGACCCAAGGGUCACCGCCAAGUAUGACAUCAAAGCUCUGAUAGGUCGAGGGAGUUUUAGCCGCGUGGUCCGCGUUGAACACAAGAGCACUCGGCAGCCAUAUGCCAUAAAGAUGAUCGAGACACGGUACAGAGAGGGUCGGGAGGUCUGUGAGUCAGAGCUGUGCGUUCUUCGACGGGUUCGCCACACCAAUAUAAUCCAGCUGAUGGAGGUCUUUGAGACUGCUGAGCGUGUUUACAUGGUGAUGGAGCUGGCUACUGGAGGAGAGCUCUUUGACCGCAUCAUUGCUCGUGGCUCCUUCACAGAGCGAGACGCCACUCGCGUGCUGCAGAUGGUGCUGGACGGCGUCAAGUAUCUUCACACUUUGGGGAUCACGCACCGUGACCUGAAGCCGGAGAACCUGCUGUACUACCACCCGGGAGCAGACUCCAAGAUCAUCAUCACCGACUUUGGUUUGGCCAGCAGCAGGAAGAAGGGAGACGAAUGUCUGAUGAAGACCACAUGCGGCACGCCUGAGUACAUUGCCCCAGAGAUUCUAGUGAGAAAACCAUACACGAAUGCCGUGGACAUGUGGGCAUUGGGGGUGAUCUCAUACAUCCUGCUGAGCGGAACCAUGCCAUUUGAGGAUGACAACCGCAUGAGGCUCUACCGGCAGAUCCUCAAGGGGAAGUACAGCUUUUCUGGAGAGCCAUGGCCAAGCGUGUCCAAUCUUGCCAAAGACUUUGUGGAGCGAAUUCUAACAGUAGAUCCGAGUGAGCGGCUGACAGCCGGCCAGGCUCUCAAGCACCCCUGGAUCAUCAGCAUGGCCGCUGCCUCUUCCAUGAAGAACCUACAACGCUGUAUAUCUCAGAACCUGCUGAAGCGGGCGUCAUCUCGCUGCCACAGCACCAAGUCGGCUCAGUCCACACGCUCUAGUCGCUCGACCAAAUCCAACAAAGCUCGACGCGUUCGAGAAAAGGAGCUGCGCGAGCUGAACCGACGUUAUCAGCAGCAGUACAACGGCUGAAACAGAACUCGGCAUAACAUCAAUGAGCUUCCUGACCCACAAGACUAAACUCAGAAAGCAACCUGAUGUGUCAAAGUCUUGACAACCAACAACGUAUGCACUCCUUGCUUCCAGUGAGAAUAAAUCAAAAAUAAUUCCUGAACUUUUAAAGACAAACUUGCAUACCCUUUUUGUUCUUUAAUGGAAACAGACACUAAGGGCCUGAUUUACUAAACGUUUGCGUGUACUAAAACACUUGCAAACCUGAUACCACACGCAAAGCAGAUCUACUAAACGUGUGCAAAGUGGAUUGCGUCUGUUAAGUGAGCAGAAUGAGGCGUGCAAUCCAUUUUACGUCUGUGUUUAUUAUUAUGCAACAUAUAUGCUGUUCAUCCAAACACCCACAAUGUGGGAGAAGAUGAUGCAAAUAUAUUAUACAGUGCACACCAUUGUGCGAACACUAUUUAGCGUUUUAUUUAGCACGUCUGAAAGUAUGUGCUUGCGCUGCAAAGACGUAUGACUGACAGAGAAUGCUCCGUCAUACGUGUGUUUCAACAUAUUGGCAUGGUCUGUCAGAAAUCAAAUAUCUUAACAUAUUGUCUAUUCAGCAACAUCCUUUUAUAUUUUUAUAGCUGAAUGCUGGGGUACCUAUGGGGCUAAUUAAAAAACAAAUUCAGUUGAUGCGUUUUGGUGUCUGCUGGCGUUUUUUUGAAUGCCGUUCGAUUUUUCGUUUAUAAUACACAUUAUUAA